AUGGCCAAGUGCUACAUCCUAGCAUCUAUCUCAAAUGUUCUACAGCAUCAAAUGCAGGAUGUAGAACUAGCUUCGGACAUUGUGCUAAGUUUUAAGGAGAUGUUUGGUGAGCAAGGCUAUUCUGCAAGGCAAGAAAACAUAAGACAAAUUUAUAAUACCAAAAUGGCUGAAGCGGCAGAAGGUAUUCCUAGUACAUUUAGUGUUGAUGCCAAUAUGGCUGAAGCUUCUACUUCUCAACCUAAGUUGAAAGGCAAGGGUAAGAAAAAGAAGAAGAAGGACUUCACCAAGCAAAAGGGUAAACAAAUUGCCUUAGGGGUUGCCGACAAAGGAAAGAAGAUCAAAGGAAAGUGUUUCCAUUGUGGUGAGAAAGGACAUUGGAAGAGGAAUUGUCCAAAAUUCAGGGCUACUAAUAAUAAGGGAGACCAGAAAGCUUAA